CAUCUCCCUACUCCAUAAUGACAAUUUGCACAAGACCAGGCUGUGGAGUGGAUUUCGAUCCAUCUUCCACUUCAUCAAGAAAAGGACCAUGCAUGCAUCAUCCUGGCAAACCAGUAUUUCAUGAAGGAUCAAAAUCUUGGUCAUGCUGCAAAGAUCGUAAUAAGCCAGUAUUAGAAUUUGAUGAAUUCAUGUUAAUAAAAGGAUGUACGGAAUCAGAUGAACAUACAGACGUUAAACAAGCAAAAACUUCAUUUGCUAAAGAGAAUUCUGGAGACGUAACAACCGAAGCACCUACCUCAAAUGGACAAGCAAACACACCUGCUCCCAUAGCUUCCACCUCUUCCCUAACACCAAUGUCAAGUACAAGACUGAACGCAAUUCAACAACAAAAUGCUCAAAGAUCUCAAAAAGCAGAUCCUGCAAGUCUAUUUGUAGAGGAAGAAGAUCCUGCAGGAGCAGUAGUUGGAGAAGGUGCUCCAUGUAAACGCAAAGGAUGCAAUGAAAAGUUUGCUGGUACAAGUAGAGAUAGAAAUUCGGAAGAAUGCCGCUUCCAUCCUGGUCAACCAAUCUUUCAUGAAGGUAGUAAAGGAUAUGCAUGCUGUAAGAGACGGGUGUUGGAAUUUGAUGAGUUCUUGACGAUUGAACCUUGCACGGAAGCAAAGACUGGUCAUUUGUUUGUUGGAGGUGGAGCGAAAGCAAUCAAAUCAUCUCAAACGAAUGGGCCGCCUUCCGGCAAAGAUACAGACGAAAUCGAAGCAGACUGCAGGAUCGAUCAUUAUGAAACACCCAAUGAUGUUCGUGUGACAGUAUAUGCAAAAGGUGUAGAAAUGGAUCGAUCAAAGAUUACGUUGGAAGGAGAAAGUGUGACAUUUUCCCUAGCACUUCCCGCUUUACCGGCCCAACCUGAAAUGAAGAGAAGGUAUAACCGUAUCCUUAAACCAUACGGUGCAAUUGAUGUGGAAGCAAGUUCAUUCUCUGUCACUCGAUUCAAAGUUGAUCUAAUUCUCGUCAAACAAUCAAAAGGUGAAAGUUGGCCUGCAUUAGAGCGAGGUGAUCAAGCAUUAGGGUAUGGCUUAACGUUUGGUCGUAAAUUAGACGCAUAACAAAUGAAAGAGAAUGUAUUGCAAUAAUAUAAAUACAAUGUAUACAAUGUUAUAUUUCCAUCUAAACUUUAUACUUCAUCUACUUUUGAUCU